UUGUCAUGUCAUGUCACCUUUUCGAGUUUGUCUUGUCAAUCGAACAUCGAACAAAAAAAUAAUAUCGUCGGACAUUAUUGUUUUAUAGUUUGCGACAAAAUUAUUAUAGAUUUUCCCGUUCUGCACAAAGUUUAUAAUCGUAGUGUAAUUAGAUAAACACAAAAAUGGCAUCAACAAGUGCCGAUUCUCAGUCCACCAUUGCUCAAAAAACGUGGACAAUGGCGAAUAAUAUUGAAACUGUAUCGAGUGUUGAUGAUAUUUAUCGUUACGAUAAGAAACAACAACAAGAUAUACUUGCGGCAAAACCAUGGGAAAAAGAUCCUCAUUUUUUCAAAGAUAUCAAGAUUUCAGCACUAGCUUUGCUGAAGAUGGUGAUGCACGCACGUUCUGGAGGGACGUUGGAAGUUAUGGGACUCUUAUUAGGUAAAGUUGACGCAAACACUAUGAUUGUGAUGGACUCCUUUGCAUUGCCAGUUGAAGGGACAGAAACUCGUGUUAAUGCACAAGCACAGGCUUAUGAAUACAUGACAGCUUACAUUGAGGCAGCCAAACAGGUUGGCCGACAUGAGAAUGCCAUUGGAUGGUAUCACAGCCACCCAGGAUAUGGCUGCUGGCUCUCUGGUAUUGAUGUGUCCACUCAGAUGCUCAAUCAAAACUUCCAGGAGCCAUUUGUAGCCAUUGUCAUUGACCCGGUCAGAACAAUUUCUGCUGGAAAAGUAUGUCUUGGAGCUUUUAGGACUUAUCCUAAGGGAUACAAACCAGCCAAUGAAGAGCCCUCAGAAUACCAAACCAUUCCUCUCAACAAGAUAGAAGAUUUUGGUGUUCACUGCAAGCAAUAUUACUCUCUAGAAGUUUCCUAUUUCAAGUCAUCCCUAGACCGUAGGCUGCUUGAUUCUCUAUGGAAUAAAUAUUGGGUGAACACUCUUAGCAGCUCCAGUCUCAUCACCAACGCUGAUUAUACUACAGGACAAAUAUUUGACCUGUCCGACAAGUUGGAACAGAGUGAAGUGUCUUUGGGUCGAGGUGGGUUCAUAGUCGCCGGCGCGGAUCCGCACGAGAAGCGCACGGAGGACAAGCUGGGCAAGGCCACGAAGGACGCGUGCAAGACCACCAUCGAGGUGAUCCACGGCCUCAUGGCGCAGAUGAUCAAGGACCGCCUCUUCAACAGCGUCAGCGGCCGACCCGCGCCACCCACCCCUAUGAUCGAGUGAAUUAGUUGUUAAGCCCUUUAUUGUGUAGUUUUAAAUAUAAAUAUUGCGUAUAUGUA